AGGAAUCGCGCCCUCCCCGCGAGGCCGCCGCGGCUCCGCCUCCGGCAGCUGAGAAAACGCGGAGAGCGGAUCGUCGCGGGGCGGAGGGGAGCGGCGCGCCGGCCCUGCGCAUGCUCGAUGCCGCCCGGCGUGUCUGCCGAGUCCGGCUUCGCGCGGCGGUGCGGUUCCCUCCGCUCCUCAUGGCGGAGCCCGGGACCCCGCGGGGCUCGGUUCUGAAAGAUGUGGUGGCUUACGUUGAAGUGUGGUCAGCCAACGGAACGGAAAAUUAUUCAAAGACGUUUACAAACCAGCUUGUGGAGAUGGGGGCAAAGGUCUCGAAGACUUUCAGCAAGCGCGUGACGCACGUGGUGUUCAAGGACGGGUACCAGCGCACGUGGGACCGGGCGCAGGAGAGGGGCGUGAAGCUCGUGUCCGUGCUCUGGGUGGAAAGGUGCAGGACGGCGGGGGCGCACGUGGACGAGGCCCUCUUCCCCGCGGCCAGGCCCCCGGAGCACCUGCCCUGCCUGGUGAGACGGAAGCAUAAGUGUAUGCAGCCCAAAGAUUUUACUGCUAAAACACCAGAAAAUGAUAAGAGACUUCAAAGGAAAUUUGAGAAGAUGGCUAAUGAGCUACAAAGGCAAAAAACCACUCUUGAGGACGACGUCCCGGUGCUCCUGUUCGAGUCCGGCGGGUCGCUGGUGUACAGCCCCACCGCCACCACGGUGCGCGGCGGCCACCACCUGGCCAUGGAGAAGAGGCUGCGGGAGAUGAAGGAGAAAAGGGAAAACCUCUCCCUCACCUCUUCCCAGAUGAUGGAGAACUUGGAUGACGACUCUCCGUGCGAAGCGUCUCUGAACGUGUCCCAUGAUGCUUCGUGUUCAGACGACUCCUUUGCUGGCGGCCUGCAGUCGUCUUUCGAUGAGCUGUGUGGCCGCUCGGGCCGCGGGCGUCAGGACCGGAGCCCGGGAGGACGCGUGGGGGACCCUCGGAGUGCCGCGCGAGUUUCCGCGCCUGCGGUGGGGACCAGCAGCGCGCACCCGUCCGCCUCGCCCCAGCUCCGCGGCCGGUGGACGCCUCGGAAGCGCGCGCGCCCUCUGCCGGAGGAAGGACCAAGUGGCCGGAACGACCCUGCGCGCGGAGCGGCCACCCCUGACGCCGGGCGGUCUGGGCGGGGGGUGAAGACGUGUGAUGAGAAGCGCGGUCUGUCCCCUGCGUCCCCUGCACCGGAGGGCCGCCGUGGGGGGCGCUCGCGGCCCGGGGGCUCCUCGGCCAAGAGAGCCAGAGCGUCCGCGCACCCGGAGUCGCCGCCGCCGGGAGGGAGCCCCAAGAGGAGAAGGUGCGGCCGGAGUUCCCCCGCGCCCCGGGUGCGGCUGUUCAAGGCGGAGAAGCGCCCGCAGCCCGCGGCCGGGCCUGCGGUCGAGCCGCCGGACCUCUCGGCGUCCCUGUACGAGGACUACUUUUCCCCCGAGAAUCUCAGGGAGAGGCGCUCGGAGACGCUCCCGCCCGGGUGGCAGUCCCCCUCCAGCCCCGCGCGGUUCCGGGGCGCUGUCGGCCUCUCCAAGAGCGAGAGAAGGAGCGUCUUAGAGGCGUCCGACUUCUCCUGCAUCCGCAAGAGCCUCACGUCCGCGGAUGCCGCCAGCUCCCCAGCACACACGGGCCCCUGCCCGCGGGAGCCUGCGCGUGUGGAGCCGGACACACCUUUGGGCGGCGUGACCCCUGAGAUCCCACCCGCUGCCGGAGAAGCCGCAGGGUGUGGCGGCCAGGGCGAGGCUCAGAGGACAGAGGGUGCCGGCCCGGACGGGAGUCGCUGCCCCGGCACCAGCCCCUGCACCAGCCCCUGCCCCGACCCAGAGCCCACACGUCCGCCUGCGCAUCACGGCGACGCCACCCCCACGACAGGAGGCGACGGAGAAAGGAGGGACUCGGCGGGCGUGUCCACAGAUGUGCAGAGAGAAGGUGCUGAGGACAGGCCCGCCAGGAGCGGUGCGGUGGACGGCUCUCGGGCCAGCCGCGAGGACCCCAGCGGACCGCACGAGGCCCCGAGGAGGAGAGGGAAAGGCCCAAAGCCGCCGAGGACGCUGGUCAUGACGAGCCUGCCGCCCGAAAAGCAGAGCAUCGUCCUCCAGGUGGUCGCCAAGCUGAAGGGCUUCUCCGUGGCACGCGAAGUGUGCGGCAGCACCACGCACGUGCUGGCCGGGCAGGCGCUGCGCACCCUCACCGUGCUGCUGGGCCUGGCUCGCGGCUGCUGGAUCCUGUCCUACGAGUGGGUGCUGUGGUCGUUGGAACUGGGCCACUGGAUCUCUGAGGAACCGUUCGAACUUUCCGGCUCCUUCCCUGCGGCUCCUCUCUGCCGCCUGGAGCGCCACCUGUCGGCGGGGCCGUACCGCGGGACCCUGUUCGCCGGGCAGCCCCCGAUGUUCAUCUCGCCGGCCAGCGCCCCGCCCAGAGCCAAGCUGGGGGAGCUGGUCCGCCUGUGCGGGGGCCGGGUCACCGGUGCCCCUCACCGGGCCGGCAUCUUCAUCGGGCCCUGCGACGGGGAGAAGAAGGGGGCCCGCACGCACCUGUCGGAGAAGUGGAUCCUAGAUUCCAUCACCCGGCACCGGGUCUGCGCCUGUGAGGACUACCUGCUGCAGUGACGGGGACGCCCCUCCACGCGCGGCCCUGCCGGCGGCCCCCGCGGUGUCACCGGGCGGGCGGUGACCCAGACUGCGAGGCGAGGACCCACCCGCAAAGGGGCCUCUCUGUGGACAGCGUCCCGGUUGCCCCGUGUGGUGCAGGUGUCGUGCCUGGAACCCUCUUCGUGUGACUCUCCGGGGACAGGCCAUGUGCUUCGGAGAAGCCGUGACGGUGACUCGCCCCACUGGGGACAGUCCGUGCGUGUCGGUAGUGACCCGAGUUCAAAGGUCACAGAACCUUUAUUACUCGUUCAUUAAAUAAAGAUGGGAAUUAGU